AUGCGGACCCUUUUUGGGGACAUUCCAAUCGCGCUUUGGCAGGCAUCCAGUCUCCACGACUUCACCACUCGACUCCUGAACACAAACUUCACCAACUACGAGAAAGGCCGCGAUUUCAAGGCAAUCAUGGACGCCUAUGGUGACGGCAUCAUCAACUCCGACGGCGAGUCGUGGAAGCUCAAGAGGCAGCUCGUCCACUCCCUGAUCAACACCAAGGAGUUCGAAGAUCACGUCAUGAAAGUCAUGGCGGUCAAGUUGGAGCACACCUUGUUCCGCGUCCUCGAUGAUUGUGCGUCAUCAUCCGAGGUUGUUGACAUCCAGGAUGUGCUCAAAAGGUUCAUGUUCGACAACAUCUGCCUGUUGGUAUUGGGGUUCGAUCCUGGCUACCUGCGGCCUGCUGGACUACUACUUUCCACUACUACUCCUACAUUGUUGUGUGGCAAAGCAUUUGAUGAUCUGAAGGAGGCUGUCGUGUACCGCCACAUUGUCCCCAAAUUCCUGUGGAGAAUCCAAAAGAGGCUUGAUGUUGGAGUGGAGAAGAAGGCAAGCAGAAGUCGCCAGAUCCUCGAUGACUUCAUAUAUGCAAGGAUAGAGACGAGGAAGCAAGAGUUGGUGAAACUAGGAGGAAUUAACGACGACAACAAUGCCAACGAUGUGUUGACACGACUUUUGGUAACGGGACAAGACAAGUCAGACAAGUUUGUGAGGGACACUGUGUUCAGCUUGAUAGGAGCUGGGAGAGACUUAAUCUCCUCUGCCCUAACUUGGUUUCUUUGGCUGGUCGUGACCCACCCGACUGUCGAGGGAAGAAUUUUACACGAGAUCAAGCUAGUCAUGGACGUGCGGCGGGAUGAUGAUGAUCAAGAUAGAUUGUUUUUUACCAAGGAUGAGUUGAACAAACUGGUGUAUCUUCAUGCCGCGAUUUGGGAGACCUUAAGGUUGUACCCACCCGCGCCAUUCGAGCAUAAAUGCGCUGUGGAAGCAGAUGUGCUACCUAGUGGCCAUGGUGUGCCUAAGGGCACGAAGAUAUUGUUCUCCAUAUACUCGAUGGGUAGGAUGGAAGAGAUAUGGGGUGAAGAUUGUACGGAGUUCAAGCCGGAGAGGUGGAUUUCGGAAAAAGGGAACAUAAUCCAUGUUCCGUCGUACAAACUUAUGGCCUUUUUAGCAGGGCCAAGGACUUGUACUGGGAAGGCUAUUGCUUUCUUGCAGCUCAAGUCCAUGGCCAGUGCCAUUCUCUGGAACUACAAGUUCGAUAUGGUGGAGGGUCAUGUCGUGAAGCCGACACCUGCUAUGAUAUUGCUAAUGAAAGAUGGGUUGAAGAUGAGGGUUUCCAAAAGGAGUUUGGUUUAA